UAGAGUGACAACGACAGCAAAGACUGACAUGCACAAUGGAUCCCAAAUUCAAAUGGACUAAAUUGUUUCUAUUACUGAUGCCAAUGCUUCAGUUAACAGCAGCAGCUGAACACUUUGAGUUUGUCGUCAGAGAUGGAGAUGAAGUCAUUUUGCCUUGUAACCAUGUGAAAGAUCUUUGUAACUCUGGCAAUAUCACCUGGAUUUUUAAUAGUUCAAGACAACGAGAAGUGGAACUGGUCAAUUUUGGACUCACAGCUCACAAUUAUUCCAAAUCGGACCGGCUGGGUUUUACACAGGAAUGUUUUCUGGCUAUAAAGAAUGUAACCAUUGAAGAUGCUGGUCAGUACAUCUGCAAACAGUUUGACAAGUUAGGAGAACAAAAAGGUGCAGAUCACAGAGUUGACCUGUCUGUUGUCACAAUGACUGAACGGAAGAACAUUGAUAUUGUGACUGUGAAGUGCUCUGUGCUGACAUAUGGGAGGUGUAGACAUACAGUGAUGUGGAUGAAAAAUGGUCAAAUCUGGGCUGUGAAUAAUACAUCUGCAAAGAUAACUCAGUCGACCUGCUCAGCCACUGCAACCUUUCUGACUUAUAAUGAAGUUUAUAAAUCAAAAUAUGAGUUUUUAAGUUGCAGCGUGACAGAAAUGAGCGGCAAAGAGCACCUGUUUAGUUUCUAUCCUCUGUCACCAAGUAAGAGUAAGAAAACAGACUGGUGGAUGUUCAUCAUUGUGCCUGUUGGUUUAAUACUCCUAAUAGCUGUUGUGGUCAUCAUCAUAUACAAAAGAGGGAAACCAGCAAAGAUGGAUACAAACACUGUGUGUAAUAAUGAAAACGAUGGAGCAAUGAACUGUGAAAAUGUCUCCUCUUCUGAUGGAGUUUGACUGACCCUGCUGCUUCUGUCAGACCCACUGACCAAAAACAUCAAUGUCAACAUCAACUUUUUUAAAAGACACUUAUUUUAUAGUUGGACGACCAUCUUAAGGUUCUGAUUUUAUCUCUUAGUUAGAACACCUCUGUGCAAAUAUUUUUUGUUCAGUUGUUAAAACCUAUGUGUUCUUGUUAUGGACAAUUUUAGUUGACUCCAAUGUUGAGGAGGUCUGAAAGGGAUGAUAGUGCUUUUUUGGAGCACCUGACCAUCUCCUCUUCAGCAAUUUCUUUUUUGCCUCUGUAGAGCUUUCAUUGACACGGUGAAUGAAUGGGACUGGUUACACUGGCUAUAACUCAUGCUAGUUUGUCUUUAUAUCAACUAUAUCAGUAAUAAAUGUAUCUGGUUUAUGCUUUA